AUGGAUGUCGCCGAAAAAGCGACAUCCUUCCAGCAGUUCUCAGGCUCUUGCUCACGGACGGACAGCAAGACCGUGGUCCUGCACAAGCCUACCCCGCUGCCCGUGGCCUGGUGGAUAUGUGGGCUGGAAGGCCUUGGGGAGGGCUUCUCAGUGUCGCAGGAUGCAGGCAUCAUUGGUCCCUGCUCAGAGUUUGGCAUGCGUUUGUGUUUCGAGGCCACAAAGGUUGACGACAUUAAGAAGACAUUCCAAGUAGAGGUUUCAGAUGCAGUAAAACUCCUGGGCAUUGUUCAAGUUGAAAGUAUCCAAGUCUUUGUGGAGGCCUAUGACAUUGGUCUGGACAUCAACAUUUCUACAGGUAGAGGUUACGUGGAUUUUGGAGCCCUUAAAGUCCUGGGUGAGGCAAAGCAAGUGCUGACUCUGAAGAACAGAGGGAAGUACGAGAUUGUGUACAGUUUCAAGCUGGAAGCCGCAGAUACCAACAUACCUGACUUGGCAUCCCACUUCACUGUCCACCCGCAGAAGGGCAUGCUGGCCUCCUCUGGAGAUUCCAUGCAUGUCCAUCUGCUCUUCCACCCUAAGAGGGAAAUGAGCAUUGAGGACAAAGCCAUCCUGCAGUGCCAGGUGAUUGAUCCCAGCAUCUCUGAAGGAGAUGAGAUCGCCGCUGUCAUCCCGAUCAGAGUGUCAGGAAAAGCUGUGUGCAGCAAGUACAGCAUUUCCCCUGCUUCACUCAUCAACUUUGGUGUCGUGCUGAAGGGCACCAGGAAAACCCGCACCUUCACGCUGGAGAACAAAGGCGUCCUGGCCUUUAAAUUCCACAUCUGCCGAAUGCCACCAAAGCCAAGUGCACAUCAACUGCAAUCUGUCCAGUCCUGCAUGAGUGAAGACACAAGGACAAAUGCUGUCUUGGCCAAGAAAAGCAAGUGCUUGCUGCAACAGGAUGCAGGCCCUGUCAUUGCAACUCGCUUCACUCUCGGCAUGUUCACUGUGUACCCUGGCUUUGGCUCCAUCCCUCCUGGGGGCCUGCAGACAGUCACAGUUGAGUGCCGUGCAGCGACACUGGGGAAAUGCGAGGAGCACCUGUCCAUCGAUAUCCAAGGCAGAGCCCCCACGGACAAUCCCCUUGGCAUUCCCUAUACCCUGUUUGCUGAGUCCUGCUUCCCAGCAUUUGUCGUUGAUGACAUCGAGUCAAUCUUUGAGGAGCAUAGAAUAUGCGGCAACAAGAAACUGUACCAGAGCCUGCAGACACUGCAAGACAAGGGUGUGUUCAUCACAGAUGAGAACAGGUUUGUCUUCACCAUUGUUGUGGUUGGGCACCAGGCUGAGGCUCGCUUCAGGAUCUGUAAUAUGAACAAAGUCCCCUGUAAUGUGGUCCUCUCCGUCAAACCCAUCAGCACUCAGGACUCGGAGCAGUCGCUGCUGGAGGGGCUGCACCCUCUGCCCAGGACCGAGAUCGAGUUCUGGCACACCAGGACGGUCGCCCUGCAGUGCGUCAAUGACCAGCUGCUCUCUCCCCGAGCGAUGGAGAUGGCUGAAGUUCUGGAGAAGGCCAACAGCUGCUACUGGCCAAUGCUCCAGAGCUUGCUCAGGGAUGUCAGUGCCGGCCUGGAGGAAGCCACGGACGUCGGCCUCCACCUGCAACAGCUUCGGAUCUUGUUGGAAAAGUUGGAGCAGGCAAAUUACUUGCAGCUGCAGCCCUGCCUGGACAGGGUGCUGUGCGCCGUCUGCCUCCUCCCUGCUCACUGCCAGUACUACAGCUCGCCUGCCCGGGUCAUCAUGCUCCUGCGGAAUAUCUGCAACCUCCUCAUCGAGAUGGUAGAGCCCCAGGGCUGGCGGCAGCUCCAGUGGGAAGGGACAGGGCAGACCGAGCCACCACCAUUUCCUCCCGCUGCCCUGCUGCGGGACCUGUAG